GCCAAACCCUACGCCAAAGGAUAAAUGGACAUAAAUCUGACAUCAGGAACCAUAAGACUGAAAAACCAGUAGGAGAACACUUCAAUCUCCCAGGACAUUCUAUACAAGAUCUCAAAGCAGCUGUUUUAUUACAGAGAAAUUUCAGGAACAGACUGGAAAGAGAAGUUGCUGAAUUGGAAAUCAUUACCAAGCUUAAAACCAUGGAAGCACCUGGGAUGAAUAGAGACAUCAGAUUCUUAUCUCAUUAUGCAUGAUCAAGCUCUCUUUAGCACCUCAGCCCAGGACUAAUUGCAGCCAUCAGCAGCCAUUAACAGCCAUCUCCAGGUUUACCACUCCCAUCAGCCCACCACCCAUUCCCACCCACCCCCACCACCCUCUGUAUAUAUAUAUAGGGUCUGACACUUCUGUUUCUAGUGUAUCUGAAGAAGUGUGCAUGCACACGAAAACUCAUACCAAAAUAUAAACUUAGUUGGUCUUUAAGGUGCUACUGAAGGAAUUUUUUUAUUUUGCUUCGACUCAGACCAACACGGCUACCUACCUGUAACAAGGCCCUAUUGUAUUACUGAUGUCCAAGUGAGUAUUGUUUGCACUGAGAUAUAUACUGUAUAUAUAUAGAUAUAUAUCUAAGGUUUUUUAUAUAUAUAUAAUUUAUAGACAAUUCUUUAUAUUUUAAAUAUGCUGUGAAUAUGCAAUGAGACCAAUAAUGUAGUCUCAGUGUAGCAUGCAAUUAUGUGCUUUUUUCAGAAAUGUACUUUGCAGUAAUUUUGUUUCCAUAUUUUAAACUUUUUAUAAAGUAGUACUUUUAAUAAACUCCAAUUUUUGUCUAUUAUGUUUAAGGUAUUAAUAUUGUCUCAAACAGCAUUAAAGCAGGGGUGGGGAACCUCAUACCAUGGAGCCCAAAUGCAGCCCUCCAGACCUCUCUGGACUCUUCCCAAGCUGCACCCCUGCAACUUGCUCUGCCCACGAACUGAGCCAAGUAUGCCAACACUGCUGGAAGGUGCGAUGGACACCUUAAUCAAGGUCUUUCACCAUUACUCAGCCAAAGAGGGGGACAAAUAUAAACUCAAUAAAGGAGAACUCAAACAGCUCCUCACCAGUGAACUUACUGACUUCCUUUCGUGUCAAAAGGAUCCCCAGUUGGUUGAUAAGAUUAUGCAAGAUCUUGAUAGCAAUAAAGACAAUGAAGUGGAUUUUAACGAAUUUGUGGUUCUGGUUGCUGCCUUGACUGUUGCAUGCAAUGAUUUCUUUGAAGAGCAAAUGAGGAAAAGGGGAGAAUAGAAAUGGUUGCAGCCGCCUUUCCGAGACAGGAUGAGAGACAGCAACUUCAACGGAACCAAUAUUUCACUUUUUACUUUGUGUUUGGCUUUCCCUUCUCUUCCAGCGAUACAAGGUUUCCUGUCAACACUCCCGCUUCUGUUUUUAUAUCAGUGCACAAUGAGCAGUUCUUCCAUAGGCAAGAUGUGUUCCAAAACCCAGCCAUUUACUUUCAGCAAGUCUCUUCGUAUGAACCCACCCAGACCCUGAGAUCAUCAUCCGAGGCCCUUCUUCAUGGAGCUCCUCCAUGAGAGCUCUGGAGGGUGGCAACAGGAGAAUGGGCCUUUUCUGCAGCGGCUCCCCAUUUGUGGAAUGUUCUCCCCGAGGAGUUUUCUGCUGGCGCCUUCUUUAUACACUUUCAGGUGCCACGUGAAAAGGUUCCUCUUUAACCAGCCCUUUGGCUGAUUAACAUCCUUUUACCCUUUUAAAUGUGUUUGGGGGAGGGGUUUAUUGGUUUGUUUAGUUCUUGCUCUUGUUUUUAUUACGUAUUUUUGUGUUUCUUUAUCUUGUUUUUGUAUGUUGUGAACCACCCUGAGAUCUAUGGUUCGGUAUACACAUUUAAUAAAUAAUAAAUAAUAUUUAAUAAAUAGCAAAUAUGGCUGCUGUAUGUAUUGGACCUUUAGAUCUGUCAUCACAUGGCAUAUUAGGUGCUGUGUUGUACGUCACCCGUUGAACCAGUUCAAUUCUAUUGAGUCCUUUUGAGUAGUGCUGGACCAGAGCCAUAUAAUAGCUGCUUAGCAGUUUAGUGUGCAGAGCCUGACGUGACAGUGAUUUUUACCGUAAGGUUAACCACACCAUUACCGCCUUUCUCUGGAUUUCUCAGCAGAUGGUGAGAGGUAGAUAUGCUGGAACUAACUGUAUGGCUACAGGCCACAGCCACACACACAUGGUAAAGGCAUUUAUAGCAAGGUUUUUCAGAGCUCCUGGUCACUUGACUCCACCCAUAAUGCAGAGUUUCAAGUGCAUGAGUGAACGACAUCUUUUCCAUUGCUCUAUAAGCUAAUAGUCUAAUUGCAAGGCCAUAGGAAGAGUACAGGUGCUGACCAGUUCUUUCCUGGUGAGAAUAAUAUUUAGCUAAAAACAACAGCCUGGGAGAGAGGAAAGCCAGGGCCACGCACUCUUCCUAAAUGUUUCAUCUGGCCAGAUUGUGCCAAGAGUCUGAGAUAGUCUCACCUUUAAUGGAUCACGACCCCAUCACGGCCCUAGUACCCUGCCAGUGACUUAACAAGCGUUAUUCAGCUUUUUCUGCUCUAAGAACUCACCAAAAGAAGCUGAACACUCUGUCCCCCAGACUCAGCACCCCAUCUUCCUGACUCAAAAGUCUCCUCUCUCAAUCUUGCAUUCUUCCGAGUAUCUUCUUCGAUCUGUUUGAAAAAUCCAUCCAAAUUAUUUUCACAAACCAUUUGUGGGUCCAGUUUUAGAAUUAUUGGGUUUAGGGUUCUGUUGUUAUAAGGAUGAAGGUGGUUCUGCUGAAUGGCUUGUUUUUUCUCCUGUUAACAUUUUGUAUAUGUUUUUCUUUACUUUUAAUGUCAUUUAAAUAAACCACAAUAAAGUACUA